AUGGAGGUUGACAACGCCACCGAAAAAAAGCGCUUCGAAGUAAAAAAGUGGAAUGCCGUCGCUCUCUGGGCCUGGGACAUCGUUGUUGAUAACUGCGCUAUCUGUCGCAAUCACAUCAUGGAUCUCUGCAUCGAGUGCCAAGCUCAGCAGUCUUCUGCUACUUCCGAAGAAUGUAAUGUUGCCUGGGGCGUGUGCAAUCAUGCCUUCCACUUUCAUUGUAUUAGCCGAUGGCUCAAAACCCGACAGGUCUGCCCCCUGUGCAAUCGAGAAUGGGAAUUCCAAAAAUUCGGCCGCUAA